AUGAUCGGGCGACGAGGGGAGGAGACCGAGCUGGCCGGAUCGGGUAUCCGAUCCGUCUCGGUCAAUCCGGGUAGCUUUGUGAACUGCAAGAGGCGCAUGCCAGCAGCUCGCUUCGAAACCACCCAAGUCGAAAGUCAACAAGAACCAACCAGGCAACACCACAGACGACUAUUAUCGGAACAAACGAACUUGGGAAAUAUCAGGAUGGCAACAGCAUCGGCGGUCGGAAAAGUGUCGAGAGAAGAGUUUCGCCGUCAAAAGGAUCUCGAUGCUGCUCGAAAAGCCGGUAAUGCCCCAGCUGAGGUGGACGAAGAUGGAAAUGCCAUCAAUCCUCACAUCCCUCAAUUCAUGGCUCAGGCGCCUUGGUAUAUGAAUACCGGUGUCCCGUCUUUGAAGCAUCAAAAAGGAAAAGAGUAUAACGCGGAUCCAGCCAAACUAAAGGAACAGGUGUCCCGGGGCAUAAAAGUUCAUGCAGCCACCAAGUACAGAAAGGGGGCGUGUACAAACUGUGGAGCGAUGAGUCAUAAAGUGAUUGAUUGUCUAGAACGCCCUCGAAAGAAAGGCGCGAAAUGGUCGAACAAAGAUAUCGCACCGGACGAACUAGUGCUCGGGUCGAAGGACGAGGAGGAUUGGGAUGCGAAAAGAGACCGCUGGGAUGGAUAUGAUCCGGCAGAACACAAGAAGGUCGUUGAGGAGCAUCAAGCACUUGAACAGGCCCGACAGAAGAUGCGAGAAGAACAACUCGACAAGAGCACCGAUCUCAAGGAAGUCAAGAAAGUAGCCAGGGCUGGCAAAAUGGCCAAGAAGAAGACCGCCGAAGAGGAGGAGUUCGGAAGUAGUGACGAGAGUGACGAUGAGGACGAAGAUAAAUACGCCGAUGCGGCCGACCAAGCUGGCCAGAAGAUGGACGCUAAGACUCGAAUGACCGUCCGAAAUCUUCGAAUUCGUGAAGAUACUGCGAAGUAUCUCAUGAAUCUCGACACCGAAUCUUCCUACUAUGAUCCGAAAACCAGAUCCAUGAGGGAAGCCCCUAGAGUAGAUAUUGCGCCCGAAGAUGCCCAAUUUGCGGGAGACAAUUUCCAUCGAGCGUCAGGGGGUGCGUCGGAAGUGCAAAAGCUACAACUCUUCGCAUGGCAAUCCGAACAACGAGGAAAUGAUGUCCACAUCAAUGCCAACCCGACUCAGGGUGAACUACUACACCAAGAGUUUUUGAAGAAGAAGGAAAAAUUGAAGGAGACUAGCAAAGUCGGCAUCCUCGAGCGGUACGGUGGCGAGGAACAUUUGGAACGGGUGCCGAUUGAACUCCUCAGCGGACAAACCGAGAGCUACGUGGAGUAUUCUCGGACGGGUGUGGUGGUCAAAGGCCAAGAAAGAGCGAAGGCAAAGUCGAAAUAUGAUGAAGAUGUUUAUCCGGGUAACCACAGCUCUGUCUGGGGUUCAUGGUACGACAACACAAAGAUGGUUUGGGGGUUUUCAUGCUGUCACUCGACCACAAAACAGUCUUACUGUACGGGUAAGGCGGGGAUCGAGGCCGCGAACGACCAAGUAAACGCUACUGGGACCCGAGCGCUAGGUAGUUCAAACGCUAGUGCGGAUAAGCACAGCAAUGGAGGGGAAGCGAAAAGCUUGGUGCAGCAGAUCGAGGAGAACAUCAAGCGGAAGGCCGCCGAGGCCGCCGCUGGCUCGACGGGAGAUGCCAAGGGCAAGAAGCGCGCAGCCGAGACUGAUCUUGGUCGCGAGGAACGCGAGCGCGAGCGUGAUGGCAAGAAACGCUUGGAUGGCCGGGCUGAUGUUGGCGAGCUUGAUCGGGAUAAACUCAAUCAUGCUAUCCAGGAGGAGAAGCGUAGGAAGAAAAUGGAAGGCGAUGAGGAGCUCUCGUACAAUGCUCAAGACAGUGGCGAUUUCGGAAUCACAGAGGAACAGCUCGAGGCAUAUCGGAUGAAUCGCGAUUUAGGGCACGAGGAUCCAAUGAAUAACAUCGCUGGAGAUGAGCUUCUUCCCCUUUGACCUCCCCCUUACCAGGUCUCCCUCCGCAUUUUUCCUCGUUCUCCUCUUUGAUUUAUAAUCGUUUCAUUUUCUUUCUUCUAUUCAUCCUCUUCUGGUGUCCAUGUUGACCCUGUUGUAACCUAGCCAAAUCCAAAUACAAGUAAUCCAAGCAAAGUGCCCAAAGCCCAAAAAAGGGCCAAAAUAAGUUAGAGGUGGAA